UACGUCCACUGGACUAACACACACACACACACACUCAGCGCACAGCAAAGGCAAUGGCUCGGCUGUCCGAGACUCGUCCCGCCUCGCCGCCACCGGAACUCGACGCAGAGCUCGCGCGCAAAGAUGCUUCGGACCCCGAGCCGCAGUCAAAAGAGUCCGAGCCGGAGGAGCUGGACCCCUGGGACCUGCCGGAGCUCCUGGACAGCGGGGAGAAGUGGUCCGAUCUCGACACGAAGGGGAAAGUUCUGCGCGUUAUCAAGUCUAUCGCGAAGUUCAUUAUCCUGCUGGGAUUGCUCUACGUGUUCGUCUGCUCUCUGGACAUCCUGAGCUCCGCUUUCCAGCUUGUAGGAGGGAAGGCAGCUGGCGAUAUCUUCCAGGACAAUGCGGUUCUGUCGAACCCUGUGGCUGGCCUGGUGAUCGGAGUCCUGGUCACGGUUCUGGUUCAAAGCUCAAGCACCUCGUCCUCCAUUGUGGUCAGCAUGGUUUCGUCUGGAUUGUUGGAGGUGAAGUCUGCCGUGCCAAUCAUUAUGGGUGCUAAUAUCGGCACUUCUGUGACGAACACCAUUGUGGCUGUGAUGCAGGCGGGAGACCGCAAUGAGUUUCGCAGGGCAUUUGCUGGAGCUACGGUCCAUGACUUCUUCAACUGGCUGUCUGUCCUGGUGCUGUUGCCUCUGGAGGUGGCUUCAGGAUACCUCUACAAACUCACCAAGCUUAUAAUUGAUUCCUUUAACAUCCAGACGGGUGCAGACGCUCCAGACAUUUUGAAGGUCAUCACUGAACCCCUCACCAAGAAUAUCAUUGAGCUGGACACGUCUGUGAUCCGUGACAUCGCCACUGGAGACCCUGCUGCCCGAAACAAAAGUCUGAUUAGGAUCUGGUGUAAAACCGAGAAAAUCACGAACCUUGUGAAUAUAACGGUCCCUGGAUUCGCAAACUGCACGCCUGGCGCCCUCUGCUGGGAGGAGGACGGCCAGAUCUGGACUCAAGAGAACCAAACUGAAACCAACAACUUGGAAAAAUGUACUCACAUGUUCGUGUACGCUGGUCUGCCGGACCUAGCGGUGGGCUUGAUUUUGUUGGCUCUGUCGUUGCUGGCCCUCUGCACCUGUCUGAUUCUGAUCGUCAAGCUGCUGAACUCCAUGUUGAAGGGUCAGGUGGCGGUCGUCAUCAAAAAGGUGCUCAACACAGAUUUCCCUUUCCCCUUCGCCUGGGUCACUGGAUACAUCGCCAUCCUUGUUGGAGCCGGAAUGACCUUCAUUGUUCAGAGCAGCUCUGUCUUCACCUCAGCCAUCACUCCACUAGUCGGUAUUGGUGUCAUUAGCAUCGAGAGAGCGUAUCCACUCACACUGGGCUCCAACAUUGGCACAACCACCACAGCUAUUCUAGCUGCCCUCGCCAGUCCUGGAGAGACACUGGCCAACUCUCUACAGAUUUCUCUCUGUCACUUCUUCUUCAACAUUAGUGGUAUCCUGCUCUGGUAUCCCAUCCCUUUCACACGCAUCCCCAUCCGAUUAGCCAAAGCUUUGGGCAACCGAACAGCCAAGUACCGCUGGUUUGCGGCACUGUAUCUCAUCCUGAUCUUCCUCCUCUUCCCGCUGUUAGUCCUGGGUCUCUCCAUCGCAGGGUGGCAGGUCUUGGUGGGGGUUGGAGUGCCCGUGGUGGUUUUGGCGAUCGCUGUGAUCGUGGUAAACAUUAUGCAGAAACGCUGCCCACGUUUCCUGCCAUCAUUCCUCCGCAGCUGGGACUUCCUGCCCAAACCGCUGCACUCCUUCAAACCCUGGGACAAAGUGGUGACCAGCGGCAUGACCUUCUGCAGGACUCGCUGCUGCUGCUGCUGCAAGUGCUGCAAAGAAGAAGAGAAGGAUGAAGAGAAGGAUGAAAUGAAAACCAAGGAUAAGACUUUAGAGAUGUAUGACAACCCUGCGCUCACUAUAGAGGAUGAGGCCAAAGUAACAGCCACACAUUUAUAAUGCAUUGGCAAUCUGGUAAUGCUCAAACACGGCACAUUGGGUCCAUGUGCAACUUUGUUGUUGAUGACUGCAACAUAUUUAAUCACUACAAUUAAAUCUUAGCAAAAGUAUAGAGUUCAUAAUUAGACUGCAUUUACACUGGGACAAAAACAAAUCCGAUUUUUCUGACACCUGAUCAGAAUUUGCACGAGAUCGUGGUUUAUUUAAAUUUUUUUGCAUUUGAUCUGGAACACUUCUAAAUGUGGACUUUAAUCGGAUACAUAUCUGAUAUCUAGAAAUUUGACCUGCAUCUAAACACAAAAAUAUACACACACAUACACAUCUGAUUCCCCACAGAACUCAGAGCCACCACAAUGCGAUGGCGACAUGUUUGCCAAUAAAGAUCCAUGAUCCAAGAUUCAAUAGACAACCAUGACCGCUAUUGUUCAUGCUAGCAAAUAAUGACUACUCAAUAGUAGUAGUGUCAAAGUGAAUGUAAACAGACGGGCCAAAAAAAAUCAGAUCUGGUCAAAAGAUCAGAUCAGUGCAUAAGACUUGCAGUGUAAAUGCAGCCUUGAAGACCCUCUGAAAUCAGUAUGUCUGGCCUCAACUUCCUGUUUUAACAGGAAAUACAUCAGCACAGGAACGAGUAUUGAACUUGUCAGUCAAUUUUUAUGUGGUCUUUAAGAACAAAGAAAUUGCAUCAGGUACAUAGACCACAAUAAAAUGACAUCGUAGUGCAGAGGUUAAAAUCUAUCUCUAACUGUUGAUAACAUUAUUGUAGUUGUUUGUGCAUGAUGUACCAGUAGGAGGAGUCAGGGCUUUUAUAAAAGUCUGUGUUUGUGUAAUUGUUCAGUAUUUAUUUCUGAAAAUGGUAAUGCGGUGGUAAGAAGCCAAUGAAAAAUGCACACUCUUGGCAGUAAUUUUGCACAUUAUGUGGAACGAUGUUAAAAUGCAUUUGUAUAUGUUUUUAAAUAUUUGUAAACAAUCUUUUGUGUCUGGUUAUACUGUUGUAUUUUGUUAAUUUUUAUUAAGCUUAGGCUUAAAAUAUUUCUCUACUCAGAUGUAAGAUAUAUUGUAUUUAAUAUUUAAGAUUACAAAGGACAUUAGCUCUGAUUUUUUAUCUAUGAAAAACAUUGUGCCAUUUAAAACCUGAUGUUUACUUUAAUACCACUAAACUGUUCAUUAAUUUAUAACUUCUUAUCCCUUUAUUGUUUUAUUGUGAGUCAAAGAUGCCCCACUGUCUAUUGGUAUUGUUUUAAUUCUUAUUGCAUCUUCUUAUCAGCUUGUGUGGGUGACUUCUGAAAAUGUUAUCUCGAGCAUAGGGUAAGUAAUGAGAUACAACCCAGAAACUCUAUGUACUAUACAGUAGAGAAACUAAGCUAAGUCCAUGUCACAGUUGAAACUUAGAAAAUACAGAUGUAGAAUUUGUUCAUGAAUAUUUUGUGUAUUUACCACUUAGUGCCUCAAAGCAAAACUCUGUAUAAUCAUAUAUUUUAUGCUAUUUGUGAUAAACUUAGACAAAUCCAGUUAUUAG